AUGCCCAGACCGAAGAGCUCGAUAUCGCCUCUAUUCGCCGGCAUGCUGUGCGUCUCAGCUAAGGCCGGCCUUGUUGGCCUGGUCACCAUGGGCUCAAACGGCGAGGCUGUGCAUCUCAGCCGCGAAGAGCGCAUGACCGUUACUCGGGAGACCCGGUCUGCCCUCGAUGAAGCUGGCUUCUCGAACGUGCCCGUCAUUGCCGGCGCCAGCGAGAACAGCAUCCGCGGAACUAUCGACCUGUGCAAGGAGGUUGCGGCCUCUGGCGGCGACUACUACCGCGCCGCAGUCGGCAAUGAUGAAACCCUAUACGAAUACUUCACAGCCGUUGCCGACGGCUCCCCUGUUCCUCUUAUCCUGUACAACUACCCCGGUGCCGUCGCCGGCAUCGAUAUGGACUCCGACCUCAUCAUCCGUAUUUCCGAGCACCCUAACAUCGUCGGCACAAAGUUCACCUGCGCCAAUACCGGCAAGUUGACUCGUGUCGCUACCGCUCUCGGCGCCAUCACCCCCUCCUCCCCCUUGGCUCCAGCCGAGCGUGCCCCAACUGUCUCCAAGCCCAACGCCAAGCACCCAUACGUUGCAUUUGGCGGCAUUGCCGAUUUCAGUCUGCAGACCCUCGUUUCUGGCGGCUCUGCCAUUCUUGCCGGUGGUGCGAACGUUCUUCCCCGCCUGUGUGUCCGCAUCUUCACUCUCUGGUCUGAGGGCCGUCUUACAGAGGCCAUGGAGGCCCAGCAGCAACUCAGUGCUGCCGACUGGGUUCUCACAAAGGCUGCCAUUCCCGGCACCAAGGGUGCUAUCCAGUCAUACUACGGUUACGGAGGGUUCCCUCGCCGACCUCUCAGCCGUCUUACUGAUGCCCAGUACCAGACCAUUGCCGAUAAGAUCAAGUCUGCUAUGGAUGUUGAAUUGACCUUGCCCGAUGUGGCAUAA